GGGCCUGCUUCCACAGAGCUUUCCCAGCUGCGACACCUGCACAAGCACAAAAUACUUUAGAUUAUUUUUAAGUUUCCUCUGUGAUUAGUUGAUUAAUUGUUGACUACAUUUGUCAAUUAGUGCAAUUAGACGCACGUUUUAAGUUAGCAAAACGAGUAACGAGUAAUGUAUUUAAUUAAUAUCCUCACAUUUCUGAGUGAAGCGCGCUUGCUUCAGUUUCCUUCAUUACAGGCGCAUGCGCAACACCGUGGCGCGAGAGAGAUCCACAGAAGCUCGUGCACGUGAUGUCAUCGGGCUAGCUUGCUGCACGCUCAGAAGAGUUUUCAGCAAGUUUCAGGUAUCAUCGGAUUUCUCUUUUGGCCGUGGAAGCCCACUUUAAGCGCUGUCCUGAUGUUUGUCCCGACUAUUACCCAAAGAGGACCUUGAAGGGGUCUAAGGGUUUGUUGUCCAAGCUACCAUAGCGGCAGUGUGUCGCCAUGGAGACGGAGCGUGACCGCGCAGACGAGUUUCUUCUGAGCUAACGAUAAGGUUUCCCAUCAGUGAUACACCCUGUACCUACGCAUAUAAUGACAUUAAACCGCUGAAGUCAUCUGCGGACUUUUUUAACACAUCACUUAGGCCUACAUGGCCUCUACAGAUCCAAAACAUGAGAUCUGCAGCCCCUUUAUGCCCCAGCGCAACACUAGGAAAACGUGCACAGAGAUAGUCAGUGAGAUCAGACAGUCCCUGCGAGUUCAGUCCACCCACCGACCAUUUACUCCCAGAGAUGGACAUAGAAAACUUUUUGGGAGCGCCUCUGUUCGUGUACAAUGUGACAACAGGCCACCUUCUGCUUUUAGCCUUCACGCUCAAAAUUUUGAUGCUUCAGACUCCAGGCCAGGUUCAGGGACUCGCCUCUCUCCUCUGGACCAUAAGCCAAAGUUUCCAGUCCCCUGUAAUGUUGAGGAUCCAUUCAAAGCCUUUCCCAAACCCCCUGCUGGCCCAGUGGAAGUGAAGAGGGGGCCGGCAGGGGCACGAGCACGCCUCCUCAGAACUGGAUCUCUCACCAGGUUACCACCUAUAGAAGGACACCCAAAUGUGAAAGAGAGACUGAAUGCAGGCCCAGGACAAAAGCAGCUGUCAACUAAGCAACUUUCCAGGACAGACCACACCGCAGUUCACAGUGGUCCUGUCAAACCCGGCCUACGCAGAGCAGCCAGUGAAAGAACGUUACAGACUGAUGUGGACUCAGGAAUAAGACCCACAGACCACAAAAGAGAUUGCGCAACAGAGCCGGAGCAUGGAGACAACAAGAGAAACAGAGAGGAGGAUGCAGGGUCACUGGUGUGGAUUAAUGUGGUUGCUCCUCUUCUUCAAAAACUAGAGAAAGUGGCUGCAGGCGGUUCCGAGGGCUCGGUUGGCCGCCUGUGUGAUUUGUGUGACCGUCUCCACGGCACCUUGGCAGAAGCGGACAUGCUCGGCCGGCGCUGUAAGAGGAGGUCAGAGAUACUUCGAACACUGUUCCGCCUCAUUGACCUCAACUCUGCCCAGCUCAACGUGCGCAUUGCCCAGCUGUGCCUUGCUCUGUGUGUCAGUGGAAACAACCUGCUCAACAUCUGUAAACUCAUCUUCCAGAUCAGCCGCGGCGAACACAACGACAUCCUCUUCCAGAACAACUCCAUCAUCGACUCAUUGCUGAGCGUGCUGACCAGUGAGGAUCUGUCUGCGUCUGGAGAAGCGCUGCUGUACUGUGUUGGCGCUUUGAAGUUUCUCUCUGGAAACGCUGCAAUCCUCAGACUCUUGCUGGACAAAAAUUGCAUUGGAGUGGCCCAGAAACUCAUCCAGAAACUCUGCGUAGUAGAAGAUACCAACCUCGCCAUAGCAGGCCAUAUCCUUGUACAGCUGACAGUGACCCUGAGGAACCUUGCCGAUCUGUCUGAUUCCCGUCCACUGUUUGUUUCAUUCUCCAUACUACCGGCGCUUUGCCUAGUGCUGCAGCAACACCGUGAAGACCAGGAUGUCUGCACAAACAUUUCCAGAAUUUACAGUAAACUUUCUUCAUACUCUGAGUGCCGCCUCGCGCUGGCUCAGAUCCCCAACUGCUACCUGCUAUUUUUAGAACUGUUGAACAAACAUCACCAAAAACAGGACCUCAUUGUGCGCCUCCUCUUCACCCUCGGGAAUCUCACGGCCAAAAGCGAUGAGCCCCGGCAGCAGCUCUUUCAGUGCGACGGCUGCAUGCGUGAGCUCCUCCGGCUGUACACAAUCUACCAGCGAAAGGACAGGCCACCUCACACACCCAUGCAGAAAGGAGCCUCUCCUCCUGUAAGGGCACAGGAGGCUGAUGACGUUCUGGUCAAGCUGGUCAGGGUGCUGGCGAAUAUGUGCAUCCACCCUGCUGUGGGUCCACCGCUGGCCGCAGACACAGCCUGCAUUCGGCUUCUGAUGGAGACCCUCGAGCUCAGGACUGUGCAGGAGAGCGAGGAGUUGCUGGUCAAUGUGGCCGCCGCCAUCAACAACCUGUCUUUCUACCAGGAAGAGGCUUCAGCCAUCAGACUCAAUCGGCUCCACAUUGCAAAGCUGGUGUUGAAGUUGCUGCUCAGCUCUAGUAUGGACGCCAUGCUCGAGGCUACCCGCGUCUAUGGAAACCUGACGCGGUACAAGGACGUGCGGGAUUUCAUCAUGCAAAACAAAGUGCACCGGUUUGUGGUAACACUGCUCGACUCAAAGAGCAACGAGGUGUGUUUCUCAGCCUGCGGGGUCCUCACCAACCUGGCUCUGGAUCCUCCCAGCAGGGUCUGUCUCACAGUGGAGGGGGCUCCUGCCAAGCUGGUGGACUGUCUGAGAGACUUUGGACCAGGUGACUGGCAGCUAGCGGGCCAGAUUUGCCAGGCCAUGUGGAACCUGACUGGUGGCAGCUCAGAGAAGCCGUUUGACACCGAGGAGAGAGAAUCGCUGCGGGAGAUCCUCACUGUAUACUUAGAUAAAGACGAGGCUCUUAAGUGGAUAGAUAAUGAGGACUUGAGGGACUUCCACAGGGCAUGCUGGGAGUUGGAGUUCCUACCCGUCGCUCAAAAACUGAUGAAGACGCUCCAGCCUCCGGAUCUGACAGCCUGACACAGUUGGACGUGGAGUUUUGUGUCAACAUAGAAACCUGUCUCCGCCUUACACUGAAUUUAUACUUUUAUGAUCGAACACUCCACCACCUGCGGCUUUGUAUAGCUGUCUGUAAAGUUUUGUAGUUUCCUUUUCGUGGAGAAAACAAGUGAGGCCAGAGUUGAAAUGAGCUCAGCCCACUCUCGCGCCAUGAUCCUGUGAAUAUGCGCCACAGUCGUAAUUUUUGCCACCUUAUGACUGCAGCUGCUGUUUUCCUCAGAGUAUGGAGUUACUUUUUAUAGCCUGCAAAGUUUAAAGCCUGCAGAUGGCAAAAAUGAAACAGUCCACCAUAACACCAGACAUGUAUAUGUAAUAUAUUUCAGGUUUUAAAUUUAACUAAUAAUAAAGGUAAUUAAGCAGAAUAUAGCAAGCAGACUUAAUCUAAAUUAAACUUAAAAAAAAUAAAAAAUGGGUUUGUGGAUGUAAUAUUCCUUCAGUCCUUUGUACUCUGGAACAUGUAUGGACACAUGUUUGCGUGUCUGUCUGCACUUUCAGUUCCACAAAUCUAGUUUUAGGGUUUCUCAUCACGCACAAGAAUAAUUUUAAACUUCUUUGCACACUCAUACGACUGGCUUGCACUGUAUCGAACUGUACAUACCGUGUUAUAAAGAUUUUUAUGUGGUUUUAAAACAAAACAGAUGACCAACCUGGAAUUUACCUCAUAUGUGAAUCUUUUAUUGUUUGUGGAUUGUGUGGCAUUUGAACUUGUACAUAAUAAAAGCCCGGCAGAC